GAUGAGCGGAGUAACAAUCGCUAUGGUUCAUGGAUGCUGCUGCUUUGAUGCUCGGCUGCUGCUGCUGCUGCCAAGUUCUGUCAUUCUCUUCUCUUCUCUUCCUCACUUUCUUGUCACACACAUUCUAUUUAUCCCCCACUCCCUUCUUUUUCUAUUUCACUUGAACCACUUUACUGUCUUUGCUAUGUUGAAUGAGGAAGACGUACUCGGGGGCGGAUUUCUCGACGCUGAUCCUUCAAGGUACCUGCUCGGGACAGCAACAUCGUCAUCCAUCAAUCGGUCAUUGUCGAUGCCUCCCCUUUAUGCUUCGCAGCUGAGUGUGGAUGCCAAUCCAUGGAAUACCGACAGUCAAUUUGAAACAGUGCCUGAUAUUGGUCAGGGCAGUAGCAGCAGUGCUGGAGGACAGGAUGCAGUAGACGACGAUAUCCUUGGCACAGGUCUUACGGCCGCCAGUGUACUAGUGGGAGUCGAGCUGCCUGAGGUUUAUGACACAGCAUACCUUCGUGCUCGGCCCAUAGGAGAACGCGUGAGCUUGGACUCUUUGGAGAAAGUGAUCGGGCUUGCUGAACUUUCGCCAAGGACUGUGCAGGAGGUCCUGAACAUUGUAGUCCCUGCAGGAGCCAUGUAUGUAACUCACAACGAAUUUAAUACGGCAAUGGCAUUGGUAGCUUGCGACCAGAAGAAUAUGGAUGUCUCCCUGCAGACCGUUUACCAACAUCGCAAUGAUCUACCCAGUCCUAUAUUGCUCAAUCUAGACCAGCUCAAUGUCAAGCGUGAUACCACCAGCACUACCGCUUCCACCACUCUUAAGCAGCAACAGCAGCGACUAGCUGCUAAGAAUCAGCCCAUGGAUGAUCCUUGGCUCUCGGUUCCAAACGGCAUCGUCGACAAUCCACGCAACGGCAAGAUGGAUGAAAUGCGCUCGGCACCGACAAGUAUCAGAAGGCCCAAGCUGGGAUUGAAUAGCAACGGCACACCCCGCUCACGCAGUAUGGAUAAUACUCGCCAGAUGCAACAGCAGCAACAACAACAACAGCAAUUAUUACAGCCGAACGGAAACGAUUAUGAUAAUGGACUAUUGAUGCCAGACGCAAACGGCAAGUUUCUGGGCGAUAGCCAUAUCGCUUCGACCGAAAGUUAUCAGUGGUUCCUGGAUCUGGACAUGGUCAAGGUUUCAAUCGCUCCUGAGAAAGAAGGGUUCAUCUUUAAACAUGUCAAUUAUGUGAUUGAGAGUCAACUUCGGUCAUCCAAGGUGUUGCGUCGCUAUAGCGACUUUUACUGGCUGUGGGAAACCCUGCUACGCCGGUAUCCGAUGCGCGUUGUUCCGAACUUGCCACCCAAGAAGCUGGGAGGAAAGGAUGAGUCGUUUCUAGAAAAAAGACGCAAAGGAUUAGCACGAUUUAUCAACUCGAUCGUACGGCAUCCAACAUUGAAGUGUGAUGAAGUUGUGGAGACGUUUCUAACGGAACCGUCGGAACUGUUGGCUUGGCGACGAGCCAACCCACCCAUUGUGGAUGAAGAGUUCGUGCGCAAAAUGCCUAGUGCUGCCGAACUUGAAUGCUAUAUACCCCAAGACCUCGAUGCACGACUCGAAAGUAUAAAGAGCAGGUUGCCGACGAUCACUGACCAUUAUAAUAACAAGUGUCUUGUUCUGGAACGACUAAUACGCAUUUGCGAAGUACAGAGCCGUGAGUUUGUACGGUACAGUAUAACCCUCAACGCGAUGUGCGAGAUUGAACAAGUAUGCUACGUGCCGGGAUGUCAAUCAUGUUCGCAGGUCGUACGAGGAUAUGAGGCUGUGGCAAAACAUAUGCAACGUGCCGGUACUAUACUAGAUGAUCAAGCACUAGCAGCAAGUAAUGGCGUUUUGGAAAAUUUAAAACGACAUCGUGAUCUCCUUAUUUCAUUCAAGGAAAUGGUGGAGCGAAAAGAAAAGCUUGAAUUGAACCAGAUCGAAAUACUCUCCAAAAAGAUAUCAGCCAACAAAGCCAAGGUGAACCAAAACCGAGGUGUUCCAGGCUUGGAGUCCGAAGUAGAACGGUUGGAUGGCGUCAUCGAAUCGGUAAGGAUACGCUUUAUAUAUGCAAGAGUUGAGAAAAAGAGAAUUACUAAGAAAAAGAAUCGUCGUGUUGGAUUGCAAAUAUAGGACCAAAGCAAAAUGACAUACC